CCGUGGACGGACGUGUUUUUGCGUCGCGCUCGCAUCGCACCGGGCGAUGUUGUACAGGGCGUUUCGCGUGUGCUUUUGUUUUCAUGGACUGCGUGUUUAGUGCUCUGUGCGGACUUAUGCGGUGAUACGGCUGCAGUCGGCGCCAUGGGCAACUCCUGCAGCUCAGGCCAGGCCCACAAAGACAAAGAUAGCAUUUCGCAGCAUUCGGAAGAGUCGCCGUCGUACCGCGUGACCAAGGCGUCGGACCCCAGCGCCGCGCCGCCGCCGCAGGAGCUGCUGGAGGCGCCUGCCUUCAAGGACAAGAAGCCGCAGCUGAAGGGGCCGCGCCCGCCCGUGGGCUCCAGUGUCUCAGACUCCAUCUCGCUGUCGUCGCCCGUGGCUUGUGCCUCCCCGCGCGAAGAUGUCGAGGGUCCACCCGUGCCGGCCAACGUGGCCGAGCUGCCUGAGGAGCACCGCUCCUACCUGCUGGGCAGGAUCACCGGCCAGCGGACCAGGCGACGGCGCACGAUGGUCAUUUACGUCUGUGCUGCGGAUUCACAGGGAUCACCGGCCAGCGGACCAGGCGACGGCGCACGAUGGUCAUUUACGUCUGUGCUGCGGAUUCACAGGGUGAGUGUGUCAACUUCAAACACUAUCUCGCCCAACUUGGACGAGCUGCCCGCGAAGCACCGCUCCUGUCUGCUGGGCAGGAUCACCGGCCAGCGGACCAGGGUGAGUGUGUCAACUUCAAACACUAUCUCGCCCAACUUGGACGAGCUGCCCGAGAAGCACCGCUCCUGUCUGCUGGGCAGGAUCACCGGCCAGCGGACUAGGCAACGGCGGACGAUGGUCAUUUAUGUCUGUGCUGCGGAUUCACAGGAUUGCUGCGCGGAGAAGGGCGCGCUGCACUGCGGCGUGGCGGCGCGACUGCGUGCACGCGCGCGCAAGCGCGGCUGGCGGGUGCACGUGGCCGACCUGCACUGGCGCUCGCCGCUGGAGCAGCAGCGCGACCAUCGCUUCCCGGUGCUGUGCGUCGCUGAGCUAGCUCGUCAGUCGGAGCUGGGUGCCGUGGUCCCGGUACUGUUCCUCAACUCCAACCUGGGCACGCCGCUGCUGCCUCACACCCUGGAAUGUGCCGACUUCAAAGCUGCCCUGGAGGCAGCUGAAGACGAGAAUGACAAAAGCUUGCUGAACAAAUGGUACAGUCUGGACAACAGCACAACUCCGCCCUGCUACAGGCUGGUACGCGGUGCACCGGCGCGCUGGCGCCGCGAAAUGGCGCGUGCGCUCAGCGUAUUGGUACGCACGCUGCCGCAGGAGGCCUGCGACGCUUACCUCACCACAGUGUUAGAACAGGAGGUGCAGCACACAGUGCUGAUGAGCGGCGAGGCGGCGCGGCGCUGCGUGUGGGUGUGCCGCGCGGGCGCGGCGCCGGACGCCGACGCCGACGCCGACCACCACCGCGAGCUGCAGCGCCGGCUCGCCAACCUGCAGAAGGACCUCAAGCUGCACCUCAGCGAACGCAACAUAAUCCGCGCGAGCAUCCGCGGCCGGCCCAACAACGGGUUCAGCGACGACGAGUACACCAGCGGGGUGAAGACGGCGAUGGGCGAGCGGCUCGACGCGCUGUUCGACGCGCUUGUUGGCGAAGCUGAGACGCCCGCCGGCUACUGUGGCAUACCCACAAGCCUGUUCGACGAAGUCAGCGAACACCUCGCGUUCUGCCAGAAAGUGACCCAAUGCACUUCCAACCGAGAAAUCACACUAAAUGAGCUCAAAACAUAUAUUCGUGGAGAGAGUUCUGUGCCGCUGGCGCUGUUGGGAGGCGCGGGCUGUGGCAAGGCGACAUUAUUGGCGCGCGCGGCUGCUUUGGCUCCAUCGGUGUUGCCAGAUGUCGCUCUUAUUUUAAGGUUCGUAGGGCUGACGCCGCAGUCAAGCAGCUCGCACCAGCUUCUUAAAUCAAUCGUGGACCAACUCCACGUCCUCCACACCGGCACCGUAUAUCGGGGACGUAAUGAGGCAAGCACAUUAUCGUUAGCGCUAGGAAGACUUCUGUCAGCGACGGGCAAGUUGCGCCCGGUGCUGCUGUGCAUAGCCGGCGCGGACGCGCUGCGCGGCGCGCGCUGGCUGCCCUCGCGGCUGCCCGAUAAUGUGAAGAUGAUCGUCACUGUCACGGAAGAAAAAGAUGAACCAUCCAGUUCAGCAAUAAUGGCGGUCCUAUCAUCAGAAGAUGGUCCCAAAGUGGUGCGAGCCCCGCCCGUGGGGCCUGAGGAAGCUAAAGCAGUGCUGGCGGCGUGCGCUGCUACCUACAGCAAAACUGGAGCAGCCUCUCCGCCUGACGAAGCUCUGAGAGCCGUUCAAAAGUGCACUUUACCGCUCUACGCUAAGAUCCUAGCGUGGCAAAUAUCCCUAUCAGCGGAAACGUUCA